AUGCAACAUAAGACGUUGGUUUACCCGAGUAAAGAAGAGAGCCUUUGGGCCCAUACAGAACAAGGAAAAACCUGUGGACCAGUUAUAUCAAAAGAUGCAAGGGCUGCUGGACCAAGCCAUGUGACAACAGACCCAGUUGGCUGCCGUGAUCGAGAACACCCUGCUCUGACUGACGAUGCAGAGACAGAUCGAGAAGAGCUAGGUGUGGGUGCAGCCUCAUCACCCUUCAGCUGUACACAGAAUGGUGCUGCUGCUCACUUUUCCACUGAUACCAAGGAUGGAAAAAGACAUAGUACAGGGGAGCUGCAGCACCAUUCACCCCCCCGGGUUCCAGAGCCAGGCCAAAAAACAGCUUUGGGAAAAUAUCAACUUGUUGUAGAAGCAAAAGAAAAGGAAAUUGAUGGUCUGAAGGAAAUAUUAAAAACCUUACAGAUUUCAAAAUACACUUUACAGAAGAAAUUGAAUGAAAUGGAUCAAAAGCUACAGUUACACUUAAUGGCAAAAGAAGAGCAUCAUAGGAAACUGAAUGAAGUUGAGAAAUGCUAUGCUACUAUCACAUGUCAAUUUGGAAUGAUAAAAGGGGCUCAUGAGAAAUUAGAACAGAAUGUGGUAGAAGCAAUACAACUUAACAAGAAAUUGACAUCAGUGAAUAAAAGACAAGAGUCUGAAAUAAAUAAUCUAAAAGAAGAACUGAAGAAAGUAACUACAGAUUUGAUAAGGUCCAAGGUCACAUGUCAGUACAGGGUGGGAGAAGAAAACAUCAAUCUUACAGCAAAGGAACAGCAGUUACAAGAACUACAACAAAAAAUUAGAAUGGAGUCAGUGAUUAGUAAAAGAGUCAAUGAAGAAAAUGCACACAUUAGAGAGGAGAAACAAGAAAUUAUGAGAUCUCUACAACAUAUGCAGCAGCUGCUCCAGCGACUGGCCCAAACAAAUGGCAGAUUGGAAAGUGAAUUGAAUGCACUGAAGGCAAACUAUAAGACCCUUGAAAGAGAUAAUGAGCUGCAAAGGGAGAAGGCAAAAGAAAAUGAAGAAAAGUUCCUUAAUCUUCAGAAUGAGCAUGAGGAAGCAGUAAGAACUUGGAAAAAAGAUGAGGAAAACAUGACAAGGGAGGUACAUACUAUAAAAAAUGAGUUGCUCUCACUUAAAGGAGCUUUCACACAUCUCCAAGACUGCCAUUCUCCUCAGACAGAUCAACAUGCUGGGCAAGGGGAAAACCUGCAGAAUGGUGAAGCACAUUCUGAGGUCAUCAGAAUACAGACUAGUCAGAGAGAAGAUGAAUAUUAUGCAAGCUACAUUAAAAACGAUAGCAUUUAUGAACAAAAAGAAAAUGGAGUAAAAAAGAUUGUAGGCCUUUCUUCUGACAUUGAUAAAGUACAGGCAAAACAAAAUAAUGAUAGCACUGAAGAGGAAAAUAAAAUAAUUGCUGAAGGUAUAAAUACUUAUAAAGACAGUCACACUCUCAUAUUUUUAGAUUUACAAGUUCUUGAAAACUGUUGUAUGAUUGAAGAUAAGGCUAUUAGCCCUUGUGAAAAAAAACAAAGAGAGGUUUCUCCAAGCAAAACCUUUUGCACAGAUGUUAAUUUAAGUAAUCAAGGAUACACCUGGGAAGUAUGUGUUGCUGGGUGCAAAGAGGUUGCGAAAGAAAAAAUGUACUUGGAGAAAAGCAUUGUAAAUGCAAAAGUAAAGGCCCAGGACAGCCCCUGCUCACCUACAAAGCUCCCAGCUGAAAUAAGAAAAAUGCUCCUAGACAAUACUGAAGCAUCAGGUGUCUUCAGUGAGGAUGCAGGUCAGCAGACAGGCUCCAGCAAGCAUACAGCUGGCAGUACUACAAAUGAAUUAGUUUGUAACACAAAUGAUAAGGCAGACAUCACACCCACACAGUAUGAAAAAGAUGUCUUUAUAAAGGAUAUACUUAACAAAGAGUGCAGCUUUGCUCUAGGCACUGCAAAAGAGUCUGCAACUGAGAGUACCACAAGCACUCCACAAGCUAAAACAGAAUUUAAUUUUGCCAUCCUGUCUCAGGCUACAGAAAAUAAUCGGACAACAUUUCUGAAAUGUCGUUUACAGGACAAUGGCAAGUAUUUAGAUGACAAACAAUGCAAAACAGAACAGAUACAACUGUUAUAUCGAAGCACCAGUGGCAUUUCCUCAGAUACACCUUCAUUUAAACAGAUUCCUAAAGAUGUUCAAGAGAGAUGCAAUGAUGAAAAUGCAAGCAAAACCAAUGGAAACUGUAUAUUAAACAGUACUUUUAAUACAAUAAUUGAUGCUCCAGUUCAACCUACCUUUUUUUUUGAUAAUGCAAGUGCAGAUUCUUGCAAUGCAAACGAAAAGAAUACUAAUAAUAUAUCUGUGAUAGAGAAUGUAAAUGUAGGUACUGAAAAACCAGAUACAUUGACAAAACUGAAUGAUAUACAAAGUGACCAACCUGAGCAAGACACUACUGAACAAACAGGAAGUGCUAUAAAUAAACAUGUUUGUACGGAUGUGAUUUUGCCUUUAAACACUGAGAAAAAUUGGUCAGCCCAGAGUGAUGAUUUUGAAAUUGUACAUAAACAAAAUUUCACAAACAAAAUUACCACAGGUAAACACAUUUCCUGUGAAAAAGAUCAAUUAAAUGAUACCCAGAUAUCAAACAUUAAAGGAAGACAGUCAUCUAUGAUUAAUGAUAAUAAUGCUGUGAAGAAUACAUUGUUAAAAGAGGAAAAAGUGUCACUAAAUAAUACAGUUGCAGGAGCGAAAUUUGCUGAAGGUCACCUGGAAGAAUCAUGUUCUUUACCCAUAAGGACAUCUGGAGAUUUAGUAAACAGAAGUGGAAGGUCAUCCUUUGAUCUUUCAACUUCAGAUAAAAAAACUGAGAAAACUCCAGUAGACUUAAAGUUUUUAGAUCUCGGUCCUUGGUCAAAAGUAAAUCAUGUUGAAAGUCAAACAAUGGGGGCUUCAACUUCCAAAGCGCCUUUUCUUUUGAAAGAGAAACUAUUAUGUCUAUCAGAAAACAAAGAGAUACUUUCUCCAAAACUGUGUCAUAAUCUGAGUGGAAAUGCUGUAACGAAAGAAACAGGACUAGAUUCUACCAGUAUUAACAGAGUUGCUGACACUUUGAAUACCUCCAGUAUCCACCGAGACCCCAAGAGAGAUCUCAGUGAAGAAUGGAAUGCAAUAGCAAAGACUUUUUAUGAUUCUUCUUUUCCCACAGAACAUGUCAAACCAGGACUUACUACAGCUUUGUGUUAUGAGCAGAAACCUUGUGCGACGUACAAAGCCAACACACCAAUUUUAAAUGAAAGUUCAUAUGAAGAGGAGGGCGGGGAUACUCAGAAUAAUUUAAUAAAAAAUCAAAUCAAGGAAAUAGAAAAGUUUUUGGAUAUGGAAAGGCUCCGCCGAUCUCGUAAGAGGAAAUACGAAGAAAAUACAGAUGCAGUGACAGAAGACAAAACAGAUAUCUAAUUCACUUGUCUGAAUAUGCUUAAAAUAUGUGAAUCAGAUUUGUAGAGAGGUCUUCCAUUGGAAGCAUAGAACUACAUAUUUUAUUCUUUGUGUAAAUCUAAGUUACAGACCCUCCAAAGUUUUUUGUCUUCCAAGUGUGGAUGUAAUCCUAUUAGAAUGGAUUCCCUGUAUUUCUGCAACCAAAGUCCUUGUAAUAGGUCGUAAAGCUGUUGCUAGAAGUUAACACAUUGGUAAGCAGUUUUAUUUACAGCUGCUAACUGUAAUUGGCAGUAUAUAUGCAGCUCAAAUCCUGAAAAACCUUAACUAGAGUACUUCCUUGUUUCUGAAAGCAUAACAAUCAAAUGACACACACAGGUUUCAGAAUGAAUUGGUUACCUUGGCUUUUUAGGAUAAAUAAUAUCACAAAUUGCCAGAAGAACAAAGUAUGCUACUCGUAUGCAUCAGGUAUUUUAAUAAAGAGCCAACCAUGAUGGAUGCUGAUUCUUAGACUAAAUAUUGCCUUUUUGAAGUGUAUUGCAUAUGUACAUAUAUACGAGGUAUCAACAGUUACUUCAACAGAGUAAAUUUUUCUUUAUUGAACUAGUUUUCAUUUCUGAGUUUUGGCAGAAGUUAAGUUUCUGUAUCCCCUAUAAUUUUUUGCAUCAUCAUCCCUUCCCUACUACAACCAAACAGGGAAAGGAUGACCACUGACAUAACCAACAAGAACGAAACGUGCUAUUUUGUGCACUGUCCAUUAUUAUUAAUACAAACUGUACAAGUCAACUCAGGAUGUUUUCCUAUUUCAAUUUUAUUUUUUUCUGUAGCUCAUCUUUCAAAGUCACAUUUCUUAAAACCAAAUGCAGACAUUUGAGACAGAAAAGUUCACAAUUGUCAAAAUAAUUUUUUGAAUGCUUUA